UUUUUUCUCUCUUGUUUUGGGAGAGUUACAUAAUAUUUAUAGGGCUGUUCCUAAUUCUAUGGAAUCUGCACCGAGAUCCUUACUAUUUAUCCGAGGAACUCUUCUUAAUCUUAGGAGAUGAUCUUGACUGGUUAAGGAUUUUAUGCCUAGAAUAUGACUCUUUGCCACCUAACAGAUUUCUGUUAUCAUCCAACUGUUUCCUUAUCACUUCUGUUGUUGGCGCGCCGGGGGAGAAGCUCUAGCUCUGUCCUGGGCUCUGCGUGUCUUUCCUGACUUCUUUUUCAGACCUGCUUGUCUGACCUCCCUCAUGCAUGGAAAUUAUUUUGAGUACUAUCAACAACAAAUUAAGAACUAUUAAGUAUAGUUUGGUUGUUGGGAAUAUAUGCAAAAUUAAAGAACUAGUAUGAAAUUUUCCACAAUUUAGAACAAAACUCGCAAUUCAAAUCAAUCAAAGCAUCUCACUUCAAUAAUUAGUCUUGCUGGAGAAGAGAGAAGGAGACUUACAAUGCUAUUUGAGUUUCUUUCCUCUGCUUCCCCUGCAACCAAGUAUAGCAGCUGAGUUUCCAACAUUUAAAUCAAAUAUGAGAGCUCAAAUCUCUUAUGCAUGUCCUAAGGAUGGGUUUAAUACUUCAGAGUCUAAUUUAUUGACAUCUGCUUAGAAAUUUAAAUUUUUUUUCUCGGUAAUCGUGAAAUAGAAAAAGAACCAUUAUUGAGUAUAACAAAGGCAAACUUUACCAUUGAUUUCAUCAAACUCAAGUUUUUGUUUCACAUAUGUUAGCAGCAAAUGGAUUAAAAGGCAAGCUUGGAAAAGCAGCAUUUGUGGAAAACUGGAUUUCAACACUCACAUCUGUAUCGGCCUCAGACGCUAUAUUCAACAUUUUUUUUGAGUGGGAUGAAUCCAUGAGUGUUCCUGGUGCCUUCAUUAUAAAAAAUUACCAUCACAAUCAGUUCUACCUUAAGACAGUAACCCUAGAAGACGUUCCCGGACAUGGUCAAAUCCAUUUCAUUUGCAAUUCUUGGGUUUACCCAGCACAUCGUUACAAAUACAAUCGUGUUUUCUUUGCAAACAAGACCUACCUACCAUGUAACACUCCAGAACCACUACGCCAGUAUAGACAAGAAGAACUCAUUAAUCUUCGUGGAAACGGAGCGGGAAAGCUCAAGGAGUGGGACAGAGUCUAUGACUAUGCAUACUACAAUGAUUUGGGAAAUCCAAACAAGGGCACAGAAUAUGAACGUCGUGUGCUUGGUGGAUCGGAGAAGUUCCCAUACCCCCGAAGAGGAAGAACAGGUCGUGCGCCAACAAAAAAAGAUCCCAAAACUGAAAGCAGAUUGCCACUUCUUAAUCUAGACAUUUAUGUCCCACGGGAUGAACGAUUCAAUCAUGUGAAGUUUUCAGAUUUCCUUGCCUAUGCUUUUAAAUCUAUAGGCCAGGUAUUGGUCUCAGAGGUCAUUUCAUUUGACAAAACUCCUAACGAGUUUGACACUUUCCAAGAUGUACUGAAGGUGUACGGAGAUGGGGGUAAGCUACUCAAACUCCCGAUGCCUGAUGUAAUCAAAGAGGAUAAGUCUGCCUGGAGGACAGAUGAAGAAUUUGGACGGGAAAUGCUAGCUGGAGUAAACCCUGUCAUCAUCCGUUGCCCCCAGGAGUUUCCACCUGCUAGCAAGCUUAACCCUGAAGAAUAUGGCAAUCAAACCAGUACAAUCAAAAGGGAGCAUAUCGAGAAGAAAAUGAAUGGACUAACUAUAGAUGAAGCACUUGAGAACAAGAAGCUCUUCAUAUUAGAUCAUCAUGAUGCACUGAUGCCUUACCUACAAGACAUUAACUCGACUACCACGAAGACCUAUGCCAGCCGAACGCUACUCUUACUCCAAAACAAUGGGACAUUGAAGCCACUGGCAAUUGAGUUGAGCUUACCACAUCCACAAGGAGUCAAACAUGGAGCCACCAGCCAAGUCUUCACUCCAGCAGAGCAUGGAGUAGAAGGUUCAGUAUGGCAGCUGGCCAAAGCUUAUGCUGCUGUCAAUGAUUCUGGCUAUCAUCAGCUCAUUAGCCACUGGUUGAACACCCAUGCAGUAAUAGAGCCAUUUGUGAUUGCAACAAACAGACAAUUAAGCGUGCUUCACCCAAUAAAUAAGCUUCUUCAUCCCCAUUUCCGUGAUACAAUGAAUAUUAAUGCCUUGGCUCGGCAUAUCCUCAUCAAUGCAGGUGGGGUGCUUGAGAUGACAGUCUUUCCAGCUAAAUAUUCCAUGGAAAUGUCUGCUUUUAUUUAUAAGAACUGGGCUUUCACAGACCAGGCGCUUCCUACUGAUCUGCUCAAAAGAGGAAUGGCAGUUCCAGACUCAAGCCAGCCACAUGGACUCAGAAUGCUAAUAGAGGAUUAUCCCUAUGCAGUUGAUGGGCUUGAAAUCUGGUCUGCAAUCAAAACCUGGGUCACAGAAUAUUGCUCUUUCUAUUACCCUGGGGAUGACAUGGUCAAAAGUGACUCUGAACUCCAAUCAUGGUGGACAGAGCUACGUGAUGUGGGCCAUGGUGACAAGAAAGAUGAGCCAUGGUGGCCUAAGAUGCAGACAAGAGAUGAACUCAUCCAAACCUGCAACAUUAUCAUAUGGGUGGCUUCUGCUCUACAUGCAGCUGUCAAUUUUGGGCAAUAUUCUUAUGCUGGCUAUCUUCCAAACCGACCAACCAUAAGCCGUCGCUUCAUACCUGAGCCAGGCACUCCCGAGUAUGCUGAGCUAGAGUCAAGUCCUCAUAGGGCCUUCCUGAAAACCAUCACAAGCCAGUUCACAACCCUGCUUGGUGUGUCUCUGAUAGAGAUUUUAUCCCAGCAUUCUUCAGAUGAGAUUUAUCUCGGGCAAAGAGACACUCCUGAAUGGACGUCUGAGGCUCAACCACGAGAGGCAUUUGAGCGAUUUGGAAGAAAUCUGGUAGAGAUCGAAGGUAGAAUAAUGGAUAGGAACAUGGACAAGAGAUGGAAGAACCGAGUUGGGCCUGCCAAUGUGCCUUACACCUUGCUCUAUCCCAGCAAGUCAGAUACCAGUAAAAUUGGCGGACUUACUGGCAAGGGAAUUCCAAACAGUGUCUCAAUGUGA